CAGAUGGCGUGGUUUACUUGCCAAGCUCAAAAAGCUGACGUCGAGAAAGCAUCCUGGGACAGGACGUUCACAAAAUGCGAACACCCAAUAGAGGAACGAUUUCCAGAAAAUGUCCAAAGUGGUUUGAGCGAUUUUGUGCCAGAUGAGAAAUCUGCAUUGGAGCAAGGAUUUGUAAUGGACGAAACCAUGAGAGAGAAAAGAGCAGGCAGGGAUUUGCACGAGCUUGGAAAAAGGAGAAGAUUGAUGUUGGGGCGAAACCGGUUUAAACUUGCUAAAAAGAUGAGGCAGUAUCAGCACGAUAAAGAAUUUUAUAAUGUAGGAAAAAUAAAUUUCACUGAUCAAGACAGAAAUAAUGUGCAAAAAGUCCCAGGAAGUAAUGGUAAAGAAUCAAAUGCCAACUCAAAGCAGUCAGCUAUGAAAGUAUUCGGAUAUAAUAUGAGACCACUUACUGCAAGAAAACAUUUUAGUACAAAGUCGCAAAGUAGUAGAACCCAUUCUGAUAAGAAAUUGCAAGAGUUUCAUACAAAUAAUUCAUCACUCCACAAAGCCCAAGAUAAAGUAGCAGAUAACAUGAAAACAAGUUUUAAAGAUCGUUCGCUCAAUAAGCGAGUCAUAUGAAAAGCGUAAAAAACUCCAAAACAACAAAUCGAAACAUUUUGAAAGUGACAAUGACAUCUCGACGAUGAAAAAAUUGAAGAAGGCUAAUAAUGAAACACCAGCUAGAAAUAGACACCACCAUGAAUAUAAAAUCAAUGAACUCAAUAAAGAAGGGCAGAAAAACGUAGAUAAACCAUUAACGCCACUUAAUUCAGAAGGAGGUAUGAAAGGCAAAGAUGAAUUUAAUAUCGGUGAAAAUCAGUUUACGAAUUUAUCAACAAUAAACAAGAGUUUUUUGGAUGCUUUUGAGAAGAAAAUCUACGGAAGGAAAAAUAACCAACAUUCAAAGUACAAUGUAAAACAACAUCCAGGCUGGAAUACUACUAGAGCGAAGAGUAAAGCUCAUUCAAAUAAACACGGAGAGUGGAUUUUUUAUGAUAGUGAGUUUGGAAAAAAUACACACGCUCAUGAGCACUCUGAUCAUAUUGGAGGUACAAAAAAUCAAUUAUUGAACAGUGAUUUGAAAAACGAAGAUCACACACUAAUAAAGAACAAAAACCCAAAAAAGAUUCAUCCAAAGGAGCCAAACGUGAUUGAAGACACUCUAAAGGCUGAUGAAGAAUAUCACCACCUGCAAUCUCCAAUAAAUAAACAAUCAGUUGAGUACUCAAAAAAGACAUCUAAAGACACAAUUAUUAAGGAAGAACCUUUAGAUUCAGCUAGUCCAAGUAAUGCUCAAUUUUUGGACAUCCCAUUUGAAAAUAAUGAAGAUGAUGCUAAAAGGAAUGAACGCGACACGAAUAACAACCGUAAAAUAAAUAGUGGAAAUCGUUUUUUCAAUGACGCCUCAAUUGAUGACCAAGUGUUUGAUGAUGAUACGCCAGAGAACCAAGAUGAUGAUACGCCAGAGUUUGAUUCAAAUGAGAUUAGUUACAGAAAAACGUCAAGACACGAGCGUAAUGGAAGUAGAGAUUUACAGCCACAUCCGAAUAUAAAUAGUAAAAAGCCCAGAGUUAAUGAAGAAGAACAACUUGAUUUAGUGGAGGACUCAAAACAUGUUUUUAAUGGUAGAGGCCGUGAGUCAAAAUAUAAUGAGGAAGAUUCCUCAACAUUAGAUUCUUGCGUGGGGUAUAAAGCCGAGGAAUCGACCACAGUUAUGACCACUUCCACGAAGGACCACACCACAACUAAGGAAAGGAGUACGAAGGCAAAAACAACUCCUAAGGACACUAAAACACAAACAACAAUGAAAGUUGACAACUCUGUGAACACUACUGGUAAAGCAACAGUUGGGAAUUACGAACAAUUCUUGUGCGGUCAACUUGUGGACACCUUUGUUGAUUCUGUUUUAAAAAAGGUUCAGCGCUCGAGAAAACUGUCUAAAGAACUAGGGUUUGGAAAUGACACCGAGGAUAGCUGUGACAGGUGUGUCGAGUUGAAGAUAAACAAAAUACCCGAUUUGGAAGCCAUGAAGAAUUCCUUGAACAGAUGUACGAGUGAUAGUGACCGUAAUAGAUGCUACCGCGUCCCAAACACAAUGGGGACCUUUCUAAAAUCCUUGCUUUUAUUUGAAAAAGAGAACGAAAAUACUGUCUAUAACAAAAUCCUGGACGAUAGUAGUUUUAUAUUUACAGGAGACUAUGGUGAACCGUGGUCUCAUCACGAAGACGAUUUUAGUGAUACUAAUAACAAAUACAAUACUGAUAGAGAGGGUUUCGAUAAAGAGUCUUUGGAAAAACAGCCUUCGAAAGAACAAAAGAGUGAAGAGAAAAGCGGUGAACACAUAUCAAAUAUAGAAAAACAAGCAAACGCAAGACAUUCACCAAAUGAAGAGGAUAACAGGGAAAACGACGUUGAAGACCCAACUGAAAGUAAAGAAAAAGAACACGAUGACGAAGGAUUGGAACCUGAGAUAAAAUCAUCUUCGAUGAGGGAGGAAUUUGAAGGUAAAAAGGAGAAAGGCAGUUCUGCUGUAAGGACUCCUAUUGAGUUAGAUGACAAAUUAAAAGGAAGUGAGCUCGUUGACGUAUUUGAUGAUCAAGAUUUGGUUCCAUCUAAUAAAAGACAGUACUCAGCUUAUAAAGACCUUGAAAGUGACUUUGCUGGACCCCUAAGCGCAACUCCGUCAAAGCGAAGAAGGAAGAACUAUGAUAUCGAUAAUCUUUAUAAUUCUAGAGCUGACGCUUCAAAAUUAUCUGACUAUAAAGAUGGCAGAAGCGCAGGAUACGAUCCUUACGGUGAAGUAAAUUAUAACUUUAUGAAAGCUAAAUCAGAUGAAUCCAAUAAAAAGAAGACUCACUCUCGUCUCGGUUUUGGUCAAGAGUCGUAUCAGUCUAGAGGUAACUAUUUACAAAAUAGUAACACUAAUGCAAAAUUUGUACCUGAUUCUGUAGCCAACUAUAGAGGUAAUUUACACAGCAGGAAUUACUAUUCUUAUUUCCCUGCUGAUGAUAGAAAAGGUGAACAAUUUCCAAGUGAGUCGAAAAUUGUCCAUUAUGAACCCGAUGAUUUUGUGAAUAAAAAUUGGGAAAACGGAGAGUACCAGUUGUACCCGAACCAAAAUUCGAAUGGAGAUGUGGAAGAUCUGACGCCGAUUUCUAGGGCGUUUUAAAUAUGAUUACGAUAGUCGCAUGAAAAUGGUUAAAAGGGAUACCGAACCAUAUGAAGACGAACUAAUAUUUUAUGAAAUUCCCAACAUUGAAUAUGACUUGUAUUAGUGUUCAAAUUCCAAUCAGAACUAAUGAUGGUCGAUCAGAAGGAUGGUCAUUACUAGGCAAGGUAAAUAUUAGCACAAGCAUUAGCAAAAGACAAGUCAUUCUUGAAGUCUAAUAAGUCUUUCAGUGAAAGGGCCAAAGUGUUCAUUCAUUCAGUGUAUGAAGUACGUUCAGUAAGUUAUAUUUUAAAACAUAAAUUAUAAUUAUAUUGAAAUAAUUUAUACACCCAACGUACCAAAUUAUAAAAAAAUGACAAAGGAACGUCAAAAACAUAUAGUUCCUGUAUUGGAAAUAAAUGUAUAAAAUUGAUCAAUGAAUAUAAAUAAUACUGUACUUGUCUUGGCAACUGUGCAACUUUGUCAAGUGUUUGAAUGUAUUUAGUUAAAUUACGAGUACAAUUAGCAAAAUAAAAUGUUAAUGGGUUAAAAA